AUGGUGUUCCAGAAUGAGUUCACUAAGCACCUGGAAACUGACGAAGUGUGGGGAAUGGCAAGCGUCUGGACAUUGCGCCUCUACCGGAACGCCCGGGAGAUGGGGCAACUUGCUCGCUUAGGUGACCUUGAAACUCUACAACGCUGCUUGUAG